UCCCAGCGUCUUUCACCUCCCCUACCGCGAGUAGAACUUCGAAGCCCCUGAAGCUCAAAAUCCAUGGCGGACAAAAACAACAACAAUGGAAAGCCCAAGAAGAGGAAGUACCUCCCUCAUAGCAAGCCAGUGAGGAAAGGGUCGUGGCCGUUGAGGCCUGGGGUUCAGGGUUUCUUCAUUACCUGUGAUGGUGGCCGAGAGAGGCAGGCCACUAAUGAAGCCCUCAAUCUACUUGAUUCUUUCUAUGAGGAACUUCUUGAUGGCAAGGAUUCUGGACCGACAUCCAGGGCUAUUCCCAUUAAACCUGUGAAUAAAAUAACUAAAUUUGAGGACUCUGAUUCUUCUGGUGAAGAAGGUGAGUCUCCUUGUAGAAGUGAGGACAUUGAAGCUGAUAAACAUGCAAAAGAAUGCGAGGAUAAGACAACAAAUAAUAAACAUGAAGAAACAGAAAAUAAAACUGAGGAUAAGACAGCAAAUAGGCAACAUGAAGAAAUAGAAGAAAAAAAUGAGGAUAAGACAGCAAAUAAGCAACAUGAAGAAACAGAAGAAGAAAGUGAAAACAAACCAGCAAAGAAACAAUAUGGAGAAAUUGAAGAAGAUAAUGAGGAGAAACCAACAAAGAAGCAAUGUAUUGAGGUAGAUGCAAAUUCUCAAGCUACAGAUUCUCGCAAUGGUAAAGAAAAGUCCAUUGAUGACCUAAUUGAAGAGGAAUUGAAAGAGAUGGGGGACAGGAACAAGAGGCGUUUCCUGAGUCUUGAUUCUGGUUGUAAUGGUUGUAUCUUCAUUCAAAUGCAUAAAAGUGAUGGGAAACAUGGGCCUGCUAGCAUAGUCCAACACAUGAUGAGUUCUGCUGCUUUGACAAAGAAACAUAUGUCAAGGUUUAUAUUGAGAGUUCUUCCAGCUGAAAUUACAUGCUAUGCAUCAGAAGAGGAAAUUUCAAAAGCAAUAAAGGCGCUUAUUGAACAGCAUUUCCCCACUGAAGCUCCUACUCCACAGAAAUUUGCAGUACUUUAUGAAGCACGUGCCAAUACUGGCGUCGACAGAAUGAAAAUAAUAAAUGCAGUUGCAAAGUCUGUUCCUGAGCCCCAUAAAGUGGAUCUUAAUAAGCCGGACAAGACUAUCAUAGUUCAAAUUGCCAAGACAAUUUGCUUGGUGGGGGUAGCUGAAAGGUAUAAAGAGCUCUCCAAGUACAAUCUGAGGCAGCUGACAGCGCCACAACAAUAGCUACCUCAAACUGUGGAGGACCCGAUACAUGGAAGUGUUUUCUUGUUCAGAGAUCCACUCGUAAAAGCAUUGCAGGUUUGAUUAUGACAAAUUAGUUCAGGUAUUUGUGUGUAAUGUGUUUUUCAAGAAGUAUGUUUAGUAGAGAAAACCUUUUCAAAUUAGUAUCCACUAUCUAUAUUGGGGUCUAGGAAGGAAUGCUCGUCGCUAAAAUUUGUUUCUAGUUUUACCUGUAUGAAUUUCGUAUUGCAAAUUUGAAUAAUCUCUGAUCAUAUAUUAGUAUAAAGCAGCAUUUGUGCUUCUCUCUUGGACGGA